AUGUCUGAUUCCGAGGACGCACCCGCUGGCAGCCAGUUGCUGGCCACGGGCGACGACACAGAUGGCGACGAUUCAUACCACCCGCCGGACCACACUGAGACGUCGGAAGGCGACGAGGACGAGGAGGACGAGGAGGACGACGAGUCUAAUGGCGAACCCGGCUCGGAGGACGAUGAGCCUGAGAUGGAUAUGAUCGCGAGGUUCUCGGACAAGCUUACCGAAAUGCAGAAACUCAGCCAGUCCCCCGAGCUGAGCCAGAACGAGGAGAAGCAACGCCAGUACCUGAACAAGUAUCGCCACUAUUUGAAACCCCAGACCGAGGCUGUGAAGAAAACGGUGCGUAUUGAGAUCAGGAAUUUACUGUUCAGGAUGGCCUACGAUGUCAAGCCCGUGCCCUGGCUGGUCAGGCAUCUGGUCGAGAAGUUCCCCGAGCUCCUGCACGAGCUCGAGGAGGCGAACCGCGGCGCCCUGCUUGUUGCCGUGUCCAAGAGCGACGUGGUAUUCGUCAAGACAGUACUUGAUAGCAAGGUCGAGGAUGCCCAUCUCAAGAAGGCGCUGCAUUCGAUUGGACCCGAGGACGAGAACUGCAUUCAUUGGGCCGUCAAGAACGGCUUUGACCCGGAAACCACCAUUCAGCUCGUCAAGAGAGCCUCUCCAUCCACCCUUGCAGCGGUCAACAAGCGGGGGCUCACGCCGCUUCACUAUGCGGUAGAGUAUCAGCGAUGCACAACCUCGGGUCUUCGGGUGGUGCGGGCACUCAUCGAGUGCGGUGACAGCGCAUUCGACAAAAGGACCGGAAAGCCCGAGUACUUCUCGCCUUAUCGAUACCACCUUGACACAAAACGCAGAUUCAUCAAACAAGAAGCGGUGCCCAAAGCCGACAAGCCAAAGAAGAAAAAAGUUGUCAAGUCGUCGACAAGCAAAGACGUCCCGGACUUGCUGCCAAAGGAACCCCCGACCCAAGCCAAGGCCGCUCCUGGAAAGGAGUCCAAGAGCUGGCACGAUAUCCCGGUAGCUCCGACGCCCACGACGAGCAAGAGACGAGACGACGACUUGGAUGACUGGGAGCGGAUAAAGCAGAAUGGAGAUUCGGCGAACAAGACCUCCAAAUCCCGUACUGACGUGACCAAAACCGCGGGAAUCAUGGUGGCUGAGAUGCGCCCUCCGCCAUUUCCCAAGCCCCUGAGACGAGCGACCACGGUCGAAUUCGGAAAGGAAACCACCAUCCCGACUCCUGUGACCAAAGACAACGCCCACCAGCCCCACCUGCCACACGACGGCGCCGCUCAAGACAGCAGCAAACCAAGCACCCCAAAGCUGAAGCGGCCAAAACUCACAACAUCAGAAUCCAGAUCCUCAAAGUCAUCACGGAGCAAGGUGAUAGCUGAAGCACCAUCGCCAGAGAUUGCAAAUACUGUGGCCAAAGAGUUGAAACUGCACUACCUUCGCACUACUUUCUGGCAGAGACCGGAAUUCUCAAGUGGAAGCCGCUCGGCCGAUUCACAGGGCCCUGCCGACGAGGCCGCCGUAGCGAGGACACACAACUCGGCAAUAGAGUUUCUAUUUGGCGAGAACAAAGAAGACAAGCACAUCUGUUUUGACUUUCCUCCCAAUGUGGUCAAGGACGAGAUCAUGACAAUCAACUUUGCCGAUUUCGAGACGAGCUACAAGGGGCUCUCCUUUGACGAGGUUCUCCGAUACGUCGACUUUGGUCCCGUCGCGCUCGCGGCACCCCUCGACCCGCCCAGAAUGCGAAAGUCGGACUCGGACAAGGUGGGCGCGGGAAGGAAGGACAUGGUCGCCCUCUUCUCGUGGCUCUCCAAGAAGGGCGUCACCAAUAUCAUCAAGGUGAUCGUCGCCGACAACAAGGAGCCGCCCCACAGCGACCAGGCCAUCGAGGACGCGCUCAAGCCGUUCAACGUGGAGAUUCUCGACUGGCGGAAGCUCGACCUGGACCCGCGGGCCAUCAAGGACGCGUGCCAAAACUCCAACCUGCGCGAGCUGCAUCUCCGGUGGAGCGGCAACAACGCGAUCCUGCGGGCGUGGAGCGAGCCCGACGGGCUCGCCAUGCUCAAGGACCUCGUGCAGAUCCGGCUGCACCAGACGACGAAAGGCCUCGAGCCGCCGGUGCGCACGCGCAAGGACGUGCAGGAGUUCCGGGACCGGCUCAAGGCGGUGCGCAACGCCAAGUGGCCGCCCAUCGAGGUCGAGUACGACAAGCCGAGCGACCAGACCAGCUCGCGGCCGAAGCGCGGCAUCAAGAACGCCGACACGGACCGCCGCAGCCUGAUCGACACGCACCGCUGGCUCGGCAUCAUGGACAAGUUCACCGAGGGCAUCAGCAAGCUGCCGACCAACCUGCCGCCCGACUUUCCCUCGAACCCGCUGACCGUCGACGAGCUGCCGCUCGAGCUGCGCAAGGACGUCAAGGUGGCCCUCAUCGACGACGGUGCCGACUUCAUGCACAAGGCCAUCGCCAACCAGAUCGAGAACGGGCGCAGCUUCGAUAGCAACUACGAGGACCCCGACCUCAGCGGCGCGCCAGGCCCCUUCCACGGCUCGACCACGGGCCACGGCACCACCAUGGCCUACAUGAUCGGCCGCGUGUGCCCCUCGGUCAAAAUCUUCGUCUGCAAGCUGAACGUCACGCGACGCGAGGGGGGCGAGAAGGCGAGCUUCACGGCCAAGAGCGCCGCCGACGCCGUCGAGUUCGCGGUCAACCGAGGCUUCGACAUCAUCUCUAUGUCGUGGACGGUGCAGCGGGUCGAGGACGAGCAGAACAACAACGCGGCCGACAUCGCACGGCUGCAGGCCGCGCUCGAGCGGGCAGUCAAGAACAAGAUCCUCGUCUUCUGCUCGGCGCCCGACGUCGGCAUCACCAGCGCGCAGGUGCUGAGCUCGUACUACCCGUUCGGGUGCCCGACCACGUCAGAGAGCAUCUUCAAGGUGGGCGCGGCCAACGCGGACGGCAGCGUGUACAACUGGGCGGGCUCGCAGCGCACGCUCGACUUCAUCCUGCCGGGGCACAACGUCGAGAUGAGCAAGGCCGACAAGAUCCACGAGGAGGACGACAUCCCCAAGACGGGGUCGUCGGUGGCGACGGCGCUGGCGGCGGGGCUAGCGGCGCUUAUCAUCCACGUCGUGCGCCUGGGCGCCAUCUACAACUUCCACCGCCGCAAGAGCAACGACCCCAACGCCGUCAGCGAGGAGUCGCUGCGCACUAUCAAGCGCUUCUCGGCCAUGAAGGACGCGUUUGUGCGCGUCAGCGACGGCGGCUACAGCGAGAAGGACCGCCGCGUCGAGGUCGAGAGCUUCUUCCAGGACCCUGGCAAGAAGCUCGAGAUGGACGGCUACUCCAACGAGCAGAAGUGGGAGGUCGUCACCAAGCUCGCCCGCGACCUCGUGUCGUGGACUACCCAGGGCCGUGUUGGUCAGACGCCGAGGCUCGGCACGUUGUCGACGCUGUAG